AAGGAUUAUCGCUGUUUGCAGAAGUGAAAUACUGAGAAGACAGUAUCACAAUGGGGAUAACAGUACAAAACAUAACAGGAAGCACAGCCCUAGUAAUCUGGCCCAAAAUGGCGACCUGCACUGACAGCUUUUACAGCAUCAUGUACAAUCCAAACUGGGACAAAAUGCUGUCAGGAUACACCAGGAACCAUUUUCAGAAAGAGGAGAGAGUGCCAGCUAGCCGUUCCUCGUUUGUCAUUGAGAAUCUGAUCCCAUUAACAACUUAUAUUCUGUGUGUAACGUGCCAGUCGGCAAACCCAUCCAGUGACCAGUGCAGAAUUUUUAACACCCCUGAACAAGACCCGGCAUCCACAAGCAACAAAAAGAAAGACCUGGCCGUGGGCAUAUGGCUAACCAGCACGGUCUUGCUUCUCAUCAUUGUUGGCAUCCUUGUCUAUGGUUGCUUGCGUCUAUGGUGCCGCAGAAGAAGAGAGAGUUCAGACAGACAAAGCAUCGCACCAGAAGAUAAGGGAGAGGCAUGGGCAAAAAAUGAAUCGUGUGGUUCAGAGGAAUUCAACAAGCAGACCCAGCACGCCCAACGAGUUGAAAUUAGAAAUACAGAUGGUGUCCAACUAGCCACCAUAAUUACAAAUCCGUCAACAUCUGAGAAGCCCACCAUGCUGAGCUCCAAAAGUCAGGAUUUUGUGCCUAUGUCUGUGUGUCAAUCUGCCAUAAAUUAGAUAUCCUUAACUGGGACAGGUGUUUUGCUGUGUGUAACAAUAUGUAUGUUGAAA